AUGAAUUCUCUUUAUUUCCCUCCUCUUCAUUUUCGCGGAGCUCCCCACUAUAUUCCCCCUCCUCUAAACCAUAUCAACUCGACCGCGCCUGUUACCACAGAGCCCACAAACAACGGAACUGGUGGUGGUGGUGGAGGUGUCGCGGUGAUUGGAGCCGGAGGUGCCGGUCCCGGUGGAGGAGCCGGUGCUUCUGGAGUAAUCGUCAGCGGAGGUGGUGACGGUAGUGGUGGUGGCGGAGCUAAUAAUGGAGUUGGAGGUGUGAUACAAGCCGGUGGGGGAGGCGGUGGCCAGGACUACGGAAGUGCCUACUCGAACCCGUGUAUGCAAGCGGCGGCUGCGGCGGCGGCGGCGGCAGCAGCGGCAGCCACCCUUAAUUGCAAUCCGGCUGCUAUGGUCGGUUCUGGCCUUAACCCCAACCACCACCAGUCCCUCUUGAAGCAACAGCAGGAAAUCUAUCCCUGGAUGAAGGAAACACGGCAAAACUCUAAACAACGUCAGACAACUGCGAUGUCAGGUAAGUAA